AUGACCAAUGAGAAGAAGCGGAAACUCGAAGAAGUCGAGCAAGGUAAAGCAAGAGCAGCAAAGCGCCACAUUUCGCAGAGCCAGUUGGCCACAAUCUAUCAUUGCAAUGGCUGCAGCCAGGACAUCACAAAUCUCAUUCGCGUACGAUGUGCCGAAUGCGCCGACUUUGACCUAUGCGUCGCGUGCUUCUGUUCGGGUGCAGAACCACCAAAUACACUACAUAGAAAUAGUCAUAGCUAUAGAGUGAUGGAAAUGCUAGAUUUCGAGAUAUACGACGAUGGAUGGGGAGCAGACGAAGAGUUGAAACUCGUAACCGCCAUCGAAAGUUGGGGAUUAGGGAAUUGGGAGCAGAUAGCGGAGCAGAUGGGGACCAAGAACAGAUUACAGUGCGAGGAACACUACAACAGAGUCUACAUCAACAGCGACUCGUUCCCAAUACCGGUGGGUCCACCGCGGAAAGUACCGAAACACGAGCGUCCGCCCGUCAGUCAACCAACGAACCACGAGAUCAUGGGAUACAUGCCCGGACGGAAAGAGUUCGAAACAGAGUGCGAAAACGAUGCCGAGCAUCUGAUCAAGGAUCUGGAGUUUUCUGAUAGCGAUAGUCCAGAAGACACAGAACUGAAAAUGGCCAUGUUCGACAUGUAUAACUCCGCGCUGGAUCGCAGAGCGGAACGCAAGAAAUUCAUUCUCGAUAGAAAUAUCGUAGAUUUCCGGAAGGUCCAGCAAAUGGAGAAAAAAAGAUCGAAAGAAGAGAGGGAGCUUUUUCAGAAAUUGCGAGUGUUUGCAAAGAUGCAAACAGGACAAGACUUCGAGAAUUUCAUGGGUGGCUUAUUAAAUGAGAUGAAGCUAAGGCAGGAGAUUGCGCAAUUACAAGAAUACCGUCGAAUGGGUCUCCGAACGCGGCGGGAAAUUGAUGCCUAUGAGCGCGACAAAAAGGAGCGAGAGCUCACAAAAACAGCACUACAGUUCCACCCAGCGAGUGGUUCAAGAACCACCGGGCGUGCCCAGAACCUUGGCCCAGCAGCCACCGGCGUACGCAAUACCCCCGCGCCCCUCGAUAUAUCCAACGCCGAGGGAGUUGAACUCCUCACCCACAACGAGCAGCAACUAUGCAGUAAUCUGAGACUCUUCCCGAAAUCAUACCUGGUUAUCAAGGAAACGAUACUGAAAGAAUACGCGAAGCAAGGCUCCAUGCGACGAAGGGAGUGCCGUCGUUUGAUCAAGAUCGAUGUCAACAAGACCAGCAGGAUAUAUGAUUAUUUCGUAGAAAUGGGAGGGUGA